AUGUAUAAAGGCUUUCAGAUGGACGAAUUAUCCUUUCCCGUAGCAUUUUGUCGAAUUCGUUUUUGGCAAAUUGAUAUUUGUGCGGAUGUAGCCGUCGUGGACGCGUUUUCAAACCUGGGUGCUAUGAGCACAGAUGAAAUUGAUCCUGGUCCUAAUCGAAAAACCCGAGUACGAAAACGUUCAUCUUCAGACUACGAAAUCAAUGGCUCUUCCAACAGCCGGCCACGGUUGGUUUCCUCCCUGCCAGAAAGUCCCCCCAGGACAUACUGCUCUUCUUCCAAACAGGUAACACCAACCAAAGUGUCUGCAGUAUUCUGCCAGUCAUGGUUUGCAAAUUCCUUUGGCAAACAAAAAUGGAAGGAAUUUGAAGAUCUCAAGAACAGCUCUGGGAAACCUCCAGGUCUUUCUUCUGGCAAUUUGGAUGUUCUUGAAACUAGUGACACCAUUUUGGCUAGUUUAGAUAUGCCAUACUGUGACAUUUUCACAUCUGCUUUUUCACCAAUGGGUGAAAAUACUUCCACUCCAAAUAUUCAUCCUAGAAGUUUGUCUUGGAAGAAAAGAAAUUUUGAAGCUGAGCUCAAGACCACCAUGAUGGAAAAAAAUGCAAAUGAAGAUGUAGCUGAAACUGAUAAAGCAUUAAAAACCAACAAUGAAAAGAAAGAUUUGUCAGGGGACAUAAAAUCCAAUGUGGAAAAACAAACUACAGCCUUAACGACAGAAACAACUGCAUCUUCAUCAUCACUUCUUAAAAACCGUAUUCGUCAGCGUCUGUUCCAGAAUGCCAAAGAGAAGAGCCCUAUAUCAUUGGUCUCUAACCUGCAACAGGAAAAACUGGCUCUUGCGACAGAAUGCAUAGAGACAUUCCAGAAAGAGAAAGAAGCAGGUCAUACUAAUUUUGAACUUGGCCCAUUCUACGGCCUACCUUCCAAAGUAAAGCAUCUCUUUGAGAGUCAACGUGGUAUUAAAAAACUCUAUGACUGGCAAGAAGAAUGCCUUUCUCUACCAGCAUUGGUAUCAGGGAGCAAUCUGAUCUAUUCCCUUCCUACAAGUGGUGGCAAAACCCUUGUUGCUGAAAUCGUCAUUCUAAGAGAACUGCUCUGUAAGAAAAAAAAUGCUAUGCUGAUUCUUCCUUACAUCUCCAUAGUUCAAGAAAAGGUGAAAGCUCUGUCUGAAAUGGCAGUUGAGUUGGAUUUUCUUGUUGAGGAAUAUGCGGGCAGCAAAGGUCGUUAUCCUCCCACAAAACGUCGAGAAAAAAGUUCCCUGUAUGUUGCAACCAUUGAGAAAGCACACAGUCUAGUUAAUCAAUUCAUUGAGCUUGAUCGAAUGAACACGUUGGGCCUGGUUGUUGUUGAUGAGUUGCAUAUGUUAGGAGAAGGAGGCAGUCUCCCUUGCCAGAUUAUAGGAAUGAGUGCAACCCUAAACAAUAUGGAUGACCUGAAAUCUUUUCUAAAAGCGGACCUCUACACCAACAAUUUCAGACCAGUUACUUUGACAGAAUAUGUCAAAAUAAGUGAGAAUAUCUAUCAUAUAGAUCAAAACUCAUCUGAAAAUCCAUUGCAACAUGAUAGAAGCACCAAUUUCCAGUACAAGCCUGAAAUGAAUAAAACUGAUCCUGACCAUCUCUUUGGAUUGGUCUUGGAGGUGAUACCUACCAAUUCCUGUCUUUUGUUUUGCCCAACAAAGAAGAACUGUGAAAAUGUUUCAAGUAUGUUAUGCAAACUGAUGUCAAAAUACAGAAGAGAAUUGCUGGAGCGCCAUAAAUCUGAAAAGAAAAUACUUCUUCAAGAGUUAAAAUCUGACAACAAUGGACAUUUGUGUCCAAUUCUUCAAACUACAAUUCCUUUUGGUGUGGCCUACCACCACAGUGGACUCAUGGCUGAUGAACGGAAAUUAAUAGAGGAUGCAUACUCCUCAGGAACUCUCUGCUUGCUUACCUGCACAUCUACCCUAGCUGCUGGAGUUAACCUUCCUGCCAAAAGGGUGAUUUUGAGAGCUCCACGUGUUGGAAAUUCUUUCAUUAGCAAAUGCCAGUACAAACAAAUGGUUGGGAGAGCCGGAAGAGCUGGAAUUGAUUCAUCUGGUGAAAGCAUCAUGAUUUGUCAGCCACAGGAACUACCAAAGGUUUACAACUUGAUUUCCAGUCCACUUGAAAAUUGUCACAGUAGUUUGAUGUAUGACAGUGGCAAAGGAAUCCGUUUCCUCAUUCUUUCAAUUAUUGGUCUUCAGAUAGCGGCUAGUCAUUCCCAAUUAUUCUCAUUUCUCCACAGCAGUCUCCUUUCUAUACAAAGCGAUGUUCUCCUCUACGAUGUUAAUGAAGUGGUACAUGAAGAGCUUCAGACCCUUGUAGACCUUGGCCUGGUUGUUCAAAAACGGAAGAUUGAUCUCUGUGAUGCCUCAUCACCUGCAAAAGAAAAAGACAAUUCAGAUUUGACACUAGAAAUAACUAAACUUGGGAAAGCAACAUACAAAGGUUCCAUUGAUAUUGAUAUAGGUCCACGUCUUUAUAAGGACCUUAAAGCUGCUUGUGACAAACUGGUCUUAUCCAAUUAUCUCCACUUGCUUGCCCUUGUGACUCCAUACAACCUACCUAUUAAUCCAUGCUGGAUGACUUACUUCAACCAGAUGUGCAAGAUGUCUCCAGAAGAAUUGUCAAUUGCUAAUCUCCUUGGAGUGCCUGAGGGUUACAUUGCAAGAAAAGCUGGAGGUCAGCGAGUGAAGCAACAGAGUGUGGAUCAAUCAGCCAUUGACAGAUUUUACCUGACACUGAUGUUGCAUGAAGUAUGGAAGCAGAAAACCAUAUGGGAAGUUGCUUCGAUGUUCAGUCAGCCGAGAGGUUUCAUCCAAAAUCUUGUUACAAGCAGUUGCUCUUUUGCCACUUGUGUUUUACAUUUUUGCCAGGAACUAGAAGAAUUAUGGAUGUUCCAAUCUCUGUUUACACCAUUUAUUCAACAGUUGUCAUAUAAUGUUGUUGCUGACCUUGUUCCCUUGCUAGAAAUUCCUGGUGUGAAGAAAGCUCGAGCCAGUCAACUGUUCAAUGCAGGCUAUAAGACAUUAGCAUCAAUAGCAAGUGCUGAUAUUGGUGUCUUGGUAAGAAGUAUUGAUCACCUGUCCAAAAAAGUUGCUCGUCAGAUGGUAGCCUCUGCCAAGCUGCUGUUGGAGGAGAAAAAAGCAGCUCUGCUGGAGGAAAUUGAACAGUUAGUUAGUAUCCCCUCCAAAAUGGCCACUGAGUUGCCACAACCAGAACCAAUAGUCACUGACAAAGUUCAAGAAAAUGACGAUGAAGAAAACAAUUCUCUCUUUUCUGACAAUGAGGAUUUUGAUUAUUUGUGA